GGGCCCAACACGUGCGUGUCCCCACGUCACCGCUGCAGCUCGAUGAAGGAGCAAAGUGCAGGGAGAUAAAACCUUGGCUCCCCUUGCUGCAGCACCCAGGGAGGGUGGUGGGGAACCAGCUGGCAUGGGCUGAACAGCUUGACAUAGCAUUUCCUCUCUGAAUUCGAUGCAGAGAAGUAGAAGACAGAUGGGAAAAAUCUAGCAGGGCAUACACUUAACAAAGCAUUUAAAUCCAGAUCAGUUCUUGGCUUCCAGACUGAAUCCUCUGGUGCCAGCCCCUCUCUCUGCUUAGAAACCCCUGUUCUCCUCUGAGCUCUGGUCUGACUUUCAUCCCCUUGUCCUUGCUCAGUGGGACACAGUGAGGCUGCAGCCAGGAGAAGCUCACGGGAAUCCUGGCAUAGACCAGCCCUGAAAAAGCUCAGCUCAGCUCAGCUUCCAGUGAACUGGGUGUAAUAGCACAUAGCAAACGGCAAAGCAAGCCAGAUCUGCAGAGCUGGGGAGGUUGCAGGUCUCCAAACAAGAGGCAAAGAGGGAGGACCACUCAGAAGAUUAAAUUUCAGUGUAUAUAAUCCUCUGUUUCAUAAACCAAUAGCACACGUGUGAGAGGCGGGGCUUUGAUGAAGAGGCUGUGACCACCUUGAUACUGCAUUUUGGCUUUUCUUUUCCCCAUUUGGAGAAAAAAAUUAAGCAGCAAAGUUUCUAACCAGGAGGUGACGCUUCUGGGGCAUAAUGGAGAAUCAGAUUACUCACCGUGCGGGAAAACAUGGGACUGCUCGAAGGGGGAAUGUCAAGGAAACCCAUCUUCCUGAAAACUUCACCCCGGUGAAGCAGAAGCCCUCCAAGGAGCUGAAGCCCAUGCUCGGGGCCAUCGUGCUUGGCCUCAUCCUCUUCAUUGCUGCCGUGGUGGCCUGGUGCUACUACACGGUGUCCCUGCGGAAAGCGGAGCGUCUGAAGACGGAGCUGAUGGACCUGCGGCCGGACGGGUUUGUCAUCAAGAACCAGAACGGGGAGGUGGUUUUCCGACUGGCCUUCCGGUCGGGGAGCCUCGACCUGGAGUCGUGCUCCAAGGAGGGAGAGAUUUUGAGCUGCACGCGGUCAGACGGGGGGCCGCUGAACUUCUUCAUCCAGACGGUGAAGCCCAAGGACACGGUGAUGUGCUACCGCGUGCGCUGGGAGGAGUUUGCGGCCGGCGUGGCGGUGGAGCACACCAUGUUCUGGGAGGAUGCCCACUGGUACGGGGGCUCGGAGAUGAGCACCCAGCACUGGCCCAUCCGCCUCGCGGGCUACCAGGAGCCCGUGCCCUACGUGACGAGUGACGUCUACUCCUUCCGGGACAGCUUUGGGGGCAUCCUGGAGCGCUACUGGCUCUCGUCCAAAGCGGCGGCCAUCAAGAUCAACGACUCCGUGCCCUUCCACCUGGGCUUCAACGCCACGGAGCGCACCCUCUUCUUCCAGGCCCGCUACAAGGAUUCACCCUACAAGCCCCCGCCGGGGCAGCAGCCCUUCCCCGAGCUGAGCUACCGGGUGUGCGUGGGCUCGGACGUCACCUCCAUCCACAAGUACAUGGUGCGCCGGUACUUCAACAAGCCCUCCAAGAUCCCCUCCGAAAACGCCUUCCGCUACCCGAUCUGGUCCACCUGGGCCCUGUACAAAAACGAUAUCGACCAGGAUAAACUCCUGAGAUUUGCAGAAAAGAUUAAGAAGUACCGUUUUAACUGCAGUCACAUUGAAAUCGACGACACGUACACGCAAGCGUACGGGGACUUUGACUUUGACCCCAUCAAGUUCCCCAAUGUGACGGAGAUGUUCACAAAACUGAGGGAGGAUGGGUUUAAGGUGACCCUGUGGACUCAUCCUUUCAUACACAGAGAUUCCUCCAAUUUUGGGGUGGGGAUUGAGCGGCAGCUGUUCAUCAAGGAGCCCUCGGGGCGGCUGCCGGCCAUGGUGGAGUGGUGGAACGGCAUUGGGGCCAUCCUGGACUUCACCAACCCAGCGGCUCGGGACUGGUUCCAGAGCCACCUGCGACAGCUCCGCCACAAGUACGGCAUCUCCUCCUUCAAGUUUGAUGCCGAUUCGCUGGUGGCUCCGCUGCUGCUGGAGCUGGCCGGGGAGGUCACGGACACGGGCGACCCCAUCAUCCGGCCCAUCUGGUGGAUCUCCCCGCGCGACGAGGCCGCUCACAAAAUUGACUCCCAGUUCCUCAUUGGGGACACCCUCAUGGUGGCCCCCGUGCUGGAGAUGGGCAAGCAGGAGCGCGACGUCUACCUGCCGGCAGGCAAAUGGCGCAGCUACAAGGGGGAGCUGUUUGAGAAGACCCCGGUGCUGCUCACAGACUAUCCCGUUGACCUGGACGAAGUUGCCUAUUUCCUCUGGGUUUCAUAAUAGACUCCUCCAUUGGCUUUGCAAUAGUCUCGGGGAUUUAUAAACCAAAAGAUUUAAUGACUUGGGGUUUUGAUAGUUUUUAAAAUAAAAAUACCUUAGUAUCAAAUUAGAAGUAAUCCCUAUGACCUCUAUUUUGUGUGGCAAUGGGUGCAGAAUAAAUUUGUCACUAAAAUAUAUUGGGUGGAUGUCUUGGCCUUAGCAGUAUGAUAAAUACAACAAAUAGCAACACAGUUUCUGCUUGUUAUUGGUUCCUGGCAAGAAAUGACAUGCACAUUUCAGUUUUGUAAAGGAAAUUGAAUGGGCUCUAUUUUUAUCCAAUUGUGUAGCUGGUUCCCUGAGAUAUUUAUAA